AUGAUGCCGUUGGAGUCUCCUUACGUUGGGCCUCUUCGCCCUAACGAGGAUCUUGGUGCUAUUCCAGGCAUGCUAUCAAGUUUGAACGAGGCUGUAACGCACCCAAAGGUACUCCCCGCUCGCUUAGAGGCAGACGUCGAUAUAUUAUCAACCUGCCUUCGACUAUAUUGCGCGAAUGAGGCGACCCCAUAUCCAAAGACGCACUUUCUGACACUCAUGCUCACUGCUGUAAUGCGCGCUCAUGAGAGACGCAUCAUCACUUGUUGGGAUGCCGAGCUCGCUUUGCCGAGGCAUCCUCGCGCUCAUCUCGAAACUCUCACCGAUUGGUUGCCGAAGACCUGCAGGGCGACCGCAGUCUCGAUGAUUGUGUUAGAUUCCGAAGAAGCGCACUCAAAUCGUACUGCGCCUACCACGUCGACCUCUCUGACGACGGAACGUCCGCCGUGCACCGAAAGCAAACAUAGCAAUACUACCAAAGAGACAUGCGCAGACGACGUAGAUGUUGAGGAAGACUUUGAAGCAGAGUCUGAAACGUGCCCGGAGGGCGGCAAACACUCCGCCUUGGAUACUCGGCCUCUGCAGCUUCAUCUGUUCGCACACGCCAGCGUCUCCACCCCCUUCUGCAUCCCAAUGGCAUGCUUGGCCCCCUACGAAACUGUACUAGACGUGAUGGCUAGUGCUUUGCACCAACGCCGUGCAUGGGGACUCGCAAAUACGCCGCUUUUAGGUCUGGUCUUCGAUCCACGUUGUACCCACGUCCAAACGCUCUGGGGCUGGUUUGAAGAUGAUGCUAUCGAGGAUUGCUGUAUGCCUUUACCCCGGGUGACGUUCAGUACCACGCCUCUCGUUAUCGGUACACAAACUCCGUCUUUAUUCGGCACAUAUGACUUGGCCGAUCGGAUAUCAGCGCUAGCGUUUGCCAAUUUCUUGUACUCGGUGACAUCUCACUCUGUGGGCCUACGACCUGCGUGCAAGACCGCGUUUCGUGCCGGGACGGGCUACGAAGAAGUCCCUAUCUGGCGUUCCGAUGCGCCGAUGACACGACUGGACGAGCCUUCCGCCAACGACCGUGUGAACUCCUGGUUCGAGAAGCUCCCACCCCCGGACAUGGACAUGGGUAGUGAUUUGUCUGGUCUUCCAUCGGCCCCGUCUUCCUCGUCCUCUCUGAUGGACGGCAGAGAUGAAGGUAGUAAAGUUGAAUCCAACGGCAAAGGAUCUAUCACAGGACACAGUGCUCAGAGUAGUAGCAGUAUGAUUUUCCCCUCCUCCAGGCAUCCUGACGUACCAUGCGACAACGUAUACUUCUGGGGCUUGUUGCGCACAGUGGUGGUUCGCUCUUUCAAUGGUGCUCUAUACAACACCGAAGUGGCGACUCAGACCAUGACGGCGCCAUGGCAUGAUGCUUUGGUGGAGUAUCGGGAUAUUGUGCAACCGCAGUACAGUCUGUCCGAUAGUAUGAAGCAGUAUGGGAGGAUGUUCUCAGGCUGGGUUCAAGAUGAUGAAGGUGAUGUGAAAGGCUGUCUUCGGAACGAACCUGUCAAGGACAAAGCAGUAACUAAUGAGCAAGGCGAUGAGUUGGAGAAUUGCUUGCUCGCUUUGGCUCCUGCGAUCUUCCUCGUAGUCGAGCUCGCUCAGGAGUACCAUGCCACGACUCUUGAGCUCGGAGACUCCAUCGUGUCGCAAGCUAGCUGGCGGAUCCUGUGGGACUUCUUGUCGGUGGCGGUUCAUGUUCAGCUACAGCUUCUGCGUGCUGCUGACGAUACAGGCAUGGAUGUACUGGAUCUACUCGAGACGAUCAUGAGGCUUCCUCACGCUGAUGAAUACAUCGAGAAGCUGGUCAGGGCGUGGGGAUACGUUGCCAACAUCACUAACAUGCUCGCCCGCGAAAGCGAUGCCAUCAUUGUUGAUGCGAAUGCUGAUCCCAACGACGUCGCUGACCAGAGGCUCGCGACGCUGCAGAAACAGGCUGAGCCAAAACUGGACCACAGGAAAGCUCCAUUGCGCACCAAGGCGGACGGGCUUCUGGCUCUCGCUCUGAACGACUUCUUUGACGACGCUGAUCUUCGCUCGUACCGUGCUAGAUCCGCAAGCGAAUUGUUCAUGCCAUUGCAGAGCAGGCGCGAGACACGCCUUGAUGCUCUACGCGCACACACUGCCGAGGCUGCAUCAAUUGCAGACCUUCCCAACGCUCCUCAGUCAUCGAACUUACUGGUGCCAUUCUGUGUACGCGAAUCCAAGAGACCACCCGGUCAUCCUGAGGACUCUGGCGUCCAUCAAUGUCGCAUGGGCCUCACCGCCUGCACGAAGUUUCUAGGCGUUCUGGGGGUCUCAAAGGUGCCGACCUACGGGAUCGUCACGGAGGGUCCGCUCGGCAGUGUUCAUAUGUCGGUUGGCGUGCCACAGACCGGGGACGAGACUUUCAGUCUGACGAAAGAGCCCGAUGAACUGGCCGUACACGUGUUCGAACGCGGCGCCACCGUCUUUGAUCUUCAACAGGAAGAAAGCGCCUUCGCGUACGUGGCCUUCCUUGUGCGUCUACACACGAAGGUGGCGCCCGCUCUCGCCGAGAAGCUGAAGGACGCCCGGGAGCAUGUGCGAUCGUUGUAUCUGAAAGACGACGUCCGUCUGUCUUGGAGCAUGCUUCAGCACCCUGCUGUGGUAGCCCAUGAGAAGGCUAAGGCGGAGAGAAAUGCAAAGGCAGGGGCGGGUAGCCAGGCGCCGGGCGGCAAGGCACCUUGA